AUGAUAGGAUAAGGUUCAGAUAUUUUUUCAGGCAGAGUAGAGAGUAUAAUCUAACCUUUUUGUUUAUUUGCAAAUAAAACUGAAUAGCGCCCUUGGUAAGGUCUAAUUCAAGAUGAUUUAAAAUCCUUAUAGAAUUCUAAGAAAAUAGUAGUAAUGACUAGAAUAAUAAAUCAUUGA